CCAGAAAAAGUUUUAAAUAUGAGCAAGUUGCGUGCUUCAAUGCUUUAUCAAAACCGAAUUAAAAAAAUCCAAAAUGAUAUAAAAUUUGCGAAUUCUAAUAUUGCACCUCCAAUAUGUCAGAAUAAUGAAUUAGAAGAAGACAUCAAAUUAGAUAGCAAAUCAAGUAAAGAUUAUAUUUCAAAUGUAAGAAAGUGGUCUGAAAUAUUGGAAACUUGGCUUUCAAUAGUAGAAGAUGAAGAAGAUUCAACUGAUAAUCAAUCAGCUAAAUGGAAGUUAGAAGGUUUGUUUGUAUCAGAUAUUGUUGCACCACAUUAUAUUGAAGAGUCUAAAAAACGUGAAAUAUUAAGAAAAGAAAAAGAGAUAGAAUUUACUAGAAAUGAAACAAAUAAAACAGUUAAAGUUAUAAUGGAGGAUAGUAUUGAAUCAUCAACUGAUAGCAAUAGUGACGAAUCA